AUGCCAAAGGGGAGAUUGGAUAAGAUCCUGCCGUUUAUCGAAGCACAUUCCAUUUCGGCAGAAACCCUGGAUCAUUUCGCUGGCAUCCCAUGGACCAACCAGUACCUCAGCAACCCUGCGUACCGUGCCAUCCCGACAUAUGGUCGCGUUCAAAAACCUGAUAGUAGCGAAGAUUACCUAUUCGCUCAAACCAUGAACACUCCAACUACAAUCCCUCAUUUCUUGACUCUCCAACGAACCAAUUUCAUUCUGCCACCCGAAAGUCCAAAAGGGAGCAUCACUCUCGGUACCGAGCGGCGCACAACUCCGUACCGUGCCCCAGAAUACCCGGAUUGCAUUGUGCUCGUCGAACUAGGAGCUUCUGGGCUAGAUGGACACUCGGGACUGCUUCACGGGGGAAUUGCCGGAGCAAUUUUGGACGAGACACUGGGCCUGAUGGCCUCCCUACAUCUAGCUACCCUUUCUCGAACAGGGCUGUCCGGGUUUACUGCGAGCUUGAACAUCACAUAUAGGGCGCCUGUAUCCACUCCGGGCACCGUGAUUGUACGCAACUGGGUAGAGGCGUAUGAAGGACGCAAAUGGGUGUGUCGGGGCCAGAUUGUGGAUGGAAGUGACGUGGUUUUAACAGAGGCGGAGGCGUUGCUGGUCAGUGGAGCUCGGAAGGUUUCCUUGUAA